GUAGCUGCUCACUUUCACGAGCCUCUCUCCAAACCCAAACCCAAACCUGUCGCUUCCCUCAUUUAAGCACCAAACCAACUCCUUCUUCUCCCCUCUUCCUCUUCAGUAAACAGAACAUCUCCUUCACCCAAACCCAUCUCUUCCCACGAAAACCGAGGUCCAGGCCCCCCCCCCCCCUCCCCCCCAAACCCCCCUGCUUCCUCUUUUUUUCCCAUCACAUAUUACAUCCAUUAUUUUGCAAAACCCACAGCUAUCAUCCAUUUCACUAACUGCUUCCCUCUCUCUUUUACGCCACUGUCCCUCGGACCUCCCACUCUUGUCGCGCGUCUCAGCCAUCACUUUCCACCGCCCCAGAUAAGAGUCACAGCAACGCAGCCGUUUUGAAACUCUGGUUCGUGUGGUCAAAUCCUAUGGAUGUUUGUGGCUGGAUGAUUCCAUGACUCCGUUGAUUGGGAACAAUGCGUAGUAUUGUUAUGAGAAUCUGGAAGGUGGUUGACUCUUGUUUACUGUAAAAUUAAAUUCUCUCUUGGCUGAACAACUUCAGGACUUUUUCUUAUCAAAAUUGUAUGCCGAUAUGGAAGUUCCAUCUGGUCUUGACUCUUGAGCAUUUGUCUGGGUUAGUGUACGUGAUGGAAGCAAUUUGAAGCAGAAUUCAACUCUAUAUCAAGUGCACAAAAUAAAAAGAAAAAGAAAAUGACGCGUUCACUGUCACUCCCAUUGCAAAACCAUUGUUACUUUAGCAAGUCAAUCUUUCUCCCAUCAACUCCUCUGAAGAGACCCAGAAAUCAUUUGUUAACUAGUAAGAAACCUGUAAGUAUCUCUCUUUCCAUGUGUUGUUCAUCUCCCAAAAUGGUUCGUGACGCUUCACUUGACAAGCAUGUUGUGAGGCAAAACAAAAUUCGUUUUGUUCAAAAGCUCAAAACUCUACUCCUUUCCAAACCAAAGCACUACAUUCCCCUCCACAUUCUAUCCAAAUGUCGGUCCUACCUUUCCCUCCCUGACCGUCGUUCUAUCCGCUCCAUGAUACAUCGUUAUCCUUCCAUUUUUGAAGUAUUCACAAUCCCAACACCACAACUACCUUUCAAUGCAACAAAGCCAUAUUCUCAACUAUGCGUUCGUCUAACAUCAUCUGCAGUAGUUCUUGCUGAUCAAGAAUUUAAACUCCAUUCUGCAAUUUCCGAUAACUUGGCCGCCAAACUUCAGAAACUUCUCAUGCUUUCUUCUCAUCGCCGGUUGCUCUUAUCGAAGUUGGUCCAUCUUGCGCCAGAUCUUGGACUCCCCCCAAAUUUCCGAUCUCGCCUCUGCAAUGACCACCCAGAUAAAUUCAAGACUGUUGACACCUCAUAUGGCCGUGCACUUGAGCUUGUAUCAUGGGAUGCACAGUUAGCUGUUCCUUUAUCCCGCCCUGAUGUUUCACUUGGUUUGAUAGUGGAUAGACCUUUGAAAUUUAAGCAUUUAAGACUUCGGAAGGGACUGAAUCUGAAGAGACGUCACCAAGAUUUCCUUAUCAAGUUUGAAGAAUUGCCAGAUGUGUGUCCUUACAAUACCUCUUCAGAAGAAUUUGUUAAAGAGACCAUUGAAGCAGAAAAGAGAGCUUGUGCAGUGGUAAGAGAAGUGCUGGGAAUGACGGUUGAAAAGAGAACUUUAAUAGACCAUUUGACACAUUUCAGGAAGGAAUUUGGAUUUCCUAAUAAGUUGAGAGGAAUGAUUGUAAGGCAUCCAGAGCUGUUUUAUGUGAGUGUGAAGGGCCUCAGGGAUUCUGUUUUCUUGACUGAAGGCUAUGAUGACAAGGGUAGGCUUUUGAAGAACGAUGAAACUUCAGCUCUUAAGGAUCAGUUGAUGGGGUUGGUCAGGGAAUCUAAGAGGAUGAGAAGAGAGAAGAGAAUUGGUGAUACGGUGAACGGCAGUGAUAUUAGAGAUUCUGAUGAUGUUAGCAGUGAUGAAUCUGAUGACAUUGGAGAUGAUUAUUUUGAUGGUUUGGAGAAUGUGUUUGACUCUGAAUGUUCAGGUUUUGAUUGUGAUUUGAAUAAGGUUCAUAAAAGCUAUGAUCUUGGGGAUUACAGGGAAAAAGGAGAAUUUUGGACGGUAGAUGCUUGCACUGGUGGUGCCAACAAGGAAGGACGAUUCUUGGAACCUUGGUAGAAAAAGAGAACACUGUACAUAUCUUCAAAUGUUAGUUGGUUCUAGUUUAUGUGCAUUAUGAAAUAUAUGUAUCCAUCUCAAAUAUUAAUCGAUGUUGUAUGCAAAAUGUUAUAUUAUAUAAUCGACUUAGGCUGGAAUGGAAAUUGGAAAUUGGAAAUGUGGAAAUUUGUAAUCCUAAA